GCACCACAAAUGAUUGUGAUUCUUCAGGCAGAUAUUGUAUAUGCUGUUAUUUUCUGAAAAUUGAAUAAAAACAACAUUAGGGCACUUAAUUAUGCAGAAGGAAUAAUCAAGAAUGAACCACUUUUCUUGAACAAAGUGUAUGUCAAUCAGGAUUGUGUACUUCAAGUUCCACUUAAGGCGCGAUAAAGACCAGGUGAGAAGCAAAUGGUUUGAGAGAUAUCAGUGGUCCUUGGAAAAGCUUGUCAGAUGCUAUGGAAAUUGUUGAGCAAGUUGACAGUGGUCGGUGGUCACCUAAGCCUGGAGAGCCCAGUCAUCUGACAGAGGCUCGUGAAGUGGAGCAUUUGCUGAGGACACUAAAUUCAUCGUGGGAGCAUGAUGAGCUGAAAAGAUCUCUUGCUAGGGUGGAGCAGCUGUUUCCAAUUUCACCUUGUCAGUUUGAGCAAAACAGUGCUCAUAGGGCGAUCUUGGAAACUAUGCAGCAUCUCCGCUCCUAUCAGGACAUCCAGCAGAUGGGUUUGCGUCUCCUCUCUUGCUUUAUCAGCAUGAGUGAAGUUAUGCUGGAGGGUAUGCAGCAGGCAGACAUUGUGCAGUUUUUGAUACGUAUUGUGAAUGAUAACACUUCUGAGUGCUCAAUCCAAAUUAAUGGAAUGAAAAUAAUUUCAAAGCUUACAGAAUCAGACACCGUGAAGGAUAACAUGAACAAGGCCAGCAAGCUUCAGCUGAUUGGUGUCGCAGCAAAAGACAUGGCAACAUUCAUUGACAACUGCACCCUUCAUAUCUGCACCAUCAAUGCUUUGGCAACACUUUUGAUGAAUGAUUUUGAGCUGCAGGAGGAGUUUGCUCGUCUUCACCUUGACCUCUUCCUGGAAGUCCUGCAUGAUCACCAGGGGGACAUGACUGUUGUCUUGACAUGCUUUAACCUUCUGAAUGUCCUUUCUAGUUCAUCAUCUGUACGGAUAAGACUAGUGGAACGAGGUGUGCUGCAUCAAAUAUAUCCCUGCAUGAAAAUUUGGCAUUCUGAAUUAAGUGUGAUAGAGCGUUGCUUCGAUCUUCUGGCUUUGCUGUGUCGUGAAGAUAAAGUUUCUAAAGAAAUGACAGAGAAGGGGGUGAUAAUGAAUACUCUCUUACCAGAUAUGCUGUCCAGGUGUGACAGUACUGAAAUUCAGCUUCAUGGUUUGGACAUCUUUAUGCUCACAGCUGAGAAACUUCUGCAGUCACGUGAAGACUCAGGUCUUUCUGAAGAUGACCCUGGAUAUCACUGGCUGAAAGUGAUUUUCACAUCCAUGGGUCGUCACAUGGUUCAUGCAGAUGUGCAGGAGGCUGCUUGCAGGGCUCUCACAAAGCUCAUGGAAUGCAAACCUGAUGUAUACAUGAAGAUUGGAGAUAGUGCUGAGGAGAGACAAUUCCCUGUUCAUACAAUGUGCCUGGGUGCCUUGUUGAUGUAUGAUCACCACUGUGGGGUUUUUACAGCUGCCUGUAAUGCCAUCUACUACUUAACAGCAGACAACGAUGGAUUGUGUCGUUGUCUGAUGGAGAAGAACUCAUAUAUUGCUAUACUACAAGGGAUAAAAUUACAUAUGGGUGAGGAGAAAGCUGUCAUAGCUGGUUGUCGUGCUAUACGAGGGCUGUGUAUUUUCCACGAUGAACACAAAGAGAAAGUGAUGACUUAUGAAGAAGAUGUCCUGCAACUUCUCUUGAGGGUCAUGGACACUUACCACUCCCAGCCAGCAGUGCAGAGUGAAGCCAUCAGCAUCAUUGCUUGUCUUGCAGACUUGGAUAUAGUACGUCAUCAGUGUUUUGUUGUACGGAUACAUGAUCGAAUCAUAUCAGCCAUUGAUUCAUUCCCUGGUGAUCAAGUUUUACAGGAAACUGCCAUAGAGGCAUUAGCAGUUCUUGGUGGAGCAGCCAAAGGGCCUGAACUGCUAUUCUCACUUCAUGCAGUGGACAAAAUCAUGAUGUGUAUGAAACGAUUCCUAUUCAACAUCAACAUCCAGAAGAAAGGGCUUAUGGCGUUACAGGUUCUUGUUGACCCUCAUCAUCUUCAGACUUCGGCUAAAUGCAGAGAGCUAACUCAGAUAAUUAAAACGGCUAUGGGCAACUUCAUUAGUAACUGGACAGUGCAGAAAGAGGCUGUAGUGGCAAUGCAGAUACUGGCUGAAAGGGGAUUGGAAGGUGCCUCAGAAGCCAAGCACAGUCAGAUGAGUGAGACCCUGAUUGACCAUGGAUGUCAUGAAUUGCUCUUCCAGAUUCUGGAGAAAUUUGAUGACAGUGAAGGUCUGCAUGAUCUUGCCAGUGAGUGCCUCUAUGUAAUAGGCAUUGAACAGGACCUCAAGUCUCGCAUGCUGGUUUCAGCCUGUUCUAAAGGAUUCUUAAGUGGAGCAGAAUGUCUUAUUGAAAUUGGAGCUGAUGUAAAUGCGGACUAUGGGAAGGGAACUCCGCUGUACUGUGCUGUGAAGAAGAACAAUCCUAACAUGGUUUAUCUACUUCUAAAACAGGAAGUGAGAGACAAGCAGACAUCAUUGAAACUAAGCUUGAGACAGCAAUAUCAUGAAAUUACAGGGAUGCUGCUUAGUCACAUGGGGCAAGACAAGGAAACUGGUACCUUGCUGUGGUGUGGAUAUGGUCUACAAGAUCUCCGGCCAGAAUGGCUCCUUCCUUCACUUGCAUCUGAUAACAGAAAACAUGUCUUAUCCAUGACAAGCAAGCGCUUUGUAAUGCAAUUACGAAAGAGUGAACAGCGACGAAAUAAACGGGUGACACAUUCAUACAGUGAUUCAAAUCUCCAAGAGCUGUACCGCCACAAAUGCUUCCGCUUUCAAAAAAUUGGUCAGGACAUCAACAGACAGGUGGAGCAAGUGUUACAAAUAAUGAAAGAAAAGUCAGCUCAGAAAUCAGAAAAGACCAGACGUCCACACACGCUUCCCAAGACAGAGAGGCCAAAGUUGAGAGUCAAGGGACGAGUAAUAGCACCAAAAGGCUCAGCUACUUUACUCAGAACUACAGAGACACUCAACUUUCCCCACAUAAGAAUUGCUGAAGAUGAUGUGUCAUUGUAUAAUGCAAUGAUUGAGGAAGAAACUCCACGCUUUGCAUACUCAGAGGAUGAGUGGGAGGAUUGGAAACAGAACACUUUGACUGGUGCAAAUAUUCCCUUUAGUCCGAAAGACCCCCGGCAACCACAGGAUUCUCGCAAUGGGGACAUGCCGAAUGGUGUCAUUAAGACUCCUAAAGGCAAAUGGCUGAGAAAGAAUUCAUCGGGUUCCUUCCCAGAAUCAGAUGCAACCACUCUUGAAUUUACUACACAGUCACAGAUGAAUUCAUCACGGGAGUAUAUAUCUGAUUUUGAAUAUGGAAGCAGAAGAGAAAGUGCUUCUGAAGACACAGAUUUUGACACAAGCCAGGAAGAUCCAAAAACUGCACCCAAAAAGAAGUUGCAGGGCAACACAAUUGCCUCUCUUGACAUCUCCAGUAAUGAGAUCACAAGCCUCAAUCAUCUUAUUGAGGGCAGCUACCGUCUCACAUCACAACUUACAAAGCUUCGUGAACUGAAUCUCUCCAGUAACAUGCUGCAUACCUUGCCAGAAGCAUUCUUCAAGCUUCUGCCUGAACUGACAGAGUUGAAUCUGGCCAAUAACCAGUUGACUUGUUUUCCUCAAGACAUUGUACAUCUGUGCAACCUGGUGAACCUUGAUGUUUCCUGCAACAAAAUUUUAGCUCUUGACUUCACUGAAAUGAAUGUUGGUUUAAAACUGCAGAAGCUAAACUUGAUGAGCAACAAACUAAAUGACUUUCCAGCCAACAUUCACUGUGCUUUUCCUCAUCUCACUCACUUGAUCUUAGCAAGCAAUGUCAUUGAAAUGCUUCCAGACACACCACUGCAGCUGGAAGAACUCAGGUUGCUAGACUUGAGCCACAACAGAAUUUCAUGUAUUCCAGAUCAGUUCUUAAUUCAAUGCAGCAAACUUGAAGCACUUGAAGCAGCCAACAACAAAUUAGAAUCAUUGCCUAGUGAAUGGGUUGCAGCUGAGCUUGUAAAGUUAGGAACACUGAAGCUCAGCAACAAUCUUAUCAGUGAAAAGGAACCUUUCUUUGUGCCAAAGUUUGUCCUGGAACUGCCAAAUUUACGUAUUCUGGAUUUGGCUGGCAAUCGUCUUGAAGGGUUACCUCCUCCUAACAUGUGGAAAACACAGAUUCUGAAGGAACUUGUGGUCUCCUUCAACAAGAUCUCAAAGCUGAGCUUUGAGGGAGCCAGAGCUUGGAGUAAACUCGAAAAACUGCAUUUAUCAAGGAACAAAAUAUCAGAGCUGCCAAAGGAGAUAGGCCAUUUAAGUUCUCUACAGUCCUUGGAUAUCAGUCACAACAAACUGUUAACAACUUUACCGGAUGAUCUGGGGCGGUGCUCCUGCUUGUGGGAGAUGCCUUUGGAUGGUCUGAACCUGGACAUAGAUUUCAAAGCUGGCGCUCGUGUGAGAGAACUGAGAAUGUACUUGCACAAUCGCUUAAAAAAGGCUCAGGAUUACUACAGGAUGAAAUUGAUGGUAGUGGGAUAUGGUGGACGAGGCAAAACCAGUCUUCUGCAUGCUCUCAAGAAAAAAGUGCGGCAAAGUGGAGAAAGUCCACCUGUAACAGUGGGUGUCAUCGUUGACGAGUGGAAGUUUGAGAGACAACGAAACAACAAGACGAUAACCUACACGUUGAGCACAUGGGACUUUGCGGGUCAGGAAGAUUUCUACAGCACCCAUCAGUGCUUCCUGUCCAACCGCACUCUCUAUUUAGGUGUGUAUGACAUUAGCCUUGGGACAGAUGAAGUCGACAGGCUGAAGCCCUGGCUAGCCAACAUACACGCUCGUGCCCCAGGCUGUCCAGUCAUCAUUGUUGGGACACACUAUGAUAAGAUGGCACCAGAAGAUCGAGCGAAAAUUGUUUCUGAAUUUGACAUCAAGCUGAAAGACCUUAUGUCAAAACCAGGCUUUCCUGAGAUAAAGUGUUCAGCCAUGGUUGAUUUAACUAGAGAAUCAAAUGAAAUGGACCAGCUCAGGAAGAAAAUUCUAUCUGUAAUUGAUGAGUACAAAGUUCGGGGACAACCAGUGAUGGGGCAAAAGGUUCCAGCCAGUUAUGUAAAACUGGCGGAAGUGCUGUCUGAAGAAGCAAGAACAAUGACAGUGAAAGAUUUUCCUGUCCUGAGACAUAAUCAACUGAUGCGUAUCAUUCACAAUGAAAACUUGGAGUUGGAUGAAGAUGAACUUAAACAGGCAGUCAGUUUUCUGCACGAAAGUGGGGUUUUGCUGCAUUAUGAUGAAACAGCAUUGCAGAUGCGAGAUUUUUAUUUCAUCAAUCCUGGCUGGUUGUGUCGCAUGAUGGCUCAAGUGGUGACAGUGCCAGAAAUCAAUCCAUUCAUCAAACGAGAUGGAAUCAUGAAACGCAACUCUGCUUACAUGCUGUUUGCUGGCAAAGCCAUUGCAGGAGACAAGGAGAACAGCUUUAUCUUUCCACCCAACAUGAUUCCCCAGUACCUUAGACUGCUAGAAAAGUUUGAAAUUGCCUUGCCUCGAAAUGAAGAAGAGCUGCUGAUUCCAUGCCGGUUGCCAAGCAUAAGACCACAGUUUCAAGUACCACAACUAGACAGAAAAGACAUGGUUUUUCGCUUCUACAGCAUGCCAUUUGUUCCCAUUGGAUUUUGGUCCAGACUCCUGACUCGUCUUAUUGUCUUUACUCAGAGCAAGUUUAUGGAGAAUGUUUUGAUGCUGGGUUCAAAACCUGCUGAAGUCCAUUGCUGGCAGGAGGGUCUCUUUGUCAUUUGGAAACAGGAUACAUUUUUCAUGUUGGAUGGUUGUCGUGGAGACACAGAGGAAGUGCAUGUAACAGUGCCAAGUUCACCUCCAGGGGUCAGAUUACUUGGCUAUGUGGUAGACCACAUUGAUUCACUGGUGGAUGAGUGGUACCCUGGCCUCACCAGUAUUGAGCCUUUGCUUGGCCGUGAGCUGCUGCAGAAGUUUGUACCUUGCACCACAUGCACAGGGAAAGAGCCUCACCUGUUUCUGUUCAGCGACCUGGUAUCAGAGUCGGAGAGAAGUGACACAGUUGUUUGCCCACAGCAUGCUGGCGACGUCUCCCUCUCACAACUGGCUCCGGAUGUGAUGCUGACUGAUGUAGAAUCCCACUUUCGUUUGGAAGUGGACAAGUUUGAGUUCAAGAACAGCCCUGAAAACCUAUUAGGGGAUGGAGGUUUUGGAUCUGUCUACAAGGCAGUUUAUAGAGGACAGACUGUGGCAACUAAAGUUUUUUCUGCCAUUGGAGACACCCAUCCACACAAAAUGCUGAGGCAAGAAGCUAUUAUCAUGCGUAGACUUAAACAUCCAAGUGUGGUGUCACUUGUGGCUGUUGCUCGAACUCCCCAGCACCUCAUGUUAAUGGAGUUUGCACCAGGCCGAUCUCUGGCUCACGUUCUGAAUAGCCAGAUCAGCCUUAGUCGAACUAUCCAGCACAAAAUUUUGUUGCAGGUCGCUGAAGGGAUGCACUAUUUGCACCAACUAAUGAUAGUAUAUCGAGACAUGAAACCAGACAAUGUUCUCAUCUUCAGCUUGUCUCCAGAUGCUGUGGUAAAUGCAAAGAUCUCCGACUACGGGAUUUCUCAGUUCACUGCACUUAGUGGCUUGGUAGCACAGGAAGGCACAUAUUCUUUUCGUGCACCAGAAGUCAUUCGUGGAGAGACGUAUUCUUUUCAGGCUGAUGUGUUUUCCUUUGGGAUCCUAAUGUACCUGGUGCUGACAGGAGGACAGCACCCUUUUGAAGAGCUGGAGUUCAAGAAUGAGAGGGACAAGUCAUUUGCUGAUAACAGACCAGUUCCUCCACUAAUUCAACGAGGCUGCCCUCCAUGGGCAGACAUGCAAGACCUUAUGAACCAGUGCAUGCAUCAGGUGCCAGACUAUCGGCCACUGUCUGAAACAUUGUGCCAGAGGUUGAACACAGCAGAACUCUUCUGUCUGAGAGAGGUACUGCCUGUGUCAGUGGGAACAACUGUAGAGUGCAUGGCAUACCAGGAGUUUGAUGACGGUCAUAAUAUGCGGCUGUGGGUGGCAAGUGGAGACAACGAGUAUAUGCAGCUUACUUGGUUCAGUCUUCUGGACUACACAGACGAAGAACUGACAAAUAGGAAUCGUCACAAGCCCAAUGGAAUGGGCACCAUGUUCCGUGAUGGACGGAUACUUUGCGUUCUUCCAGUGAACAAAGAAUAUGUGUUACUAGGAACACAAGCUGGCAAGAUCUGGGUCUUCAACACCCGCAAUGACCUCCUUCAUUCAUCCCCACCAUUGCAGGACUCGGUGCUGUGUCUUAAUAUUAUCACCAGCAGGAAUGAUGACUCAUUGGUGCUAGCUGGGCUUGCAAAUGGAAAAAUAGCUCUUUACCCAUUGUCUGAAAUUCUUCAGUCUCCUCAAAUGAAUCCCAUUGAAAUCAGACUUGGUGAGAGUUAUGAGCCUAUUUGCUGCAUCCUUCACAAUAUUGUGGAUAGAAGACUUGUUGUAUCCUGUGGUACCAGAAUAAUCGUCAUGGAUAGUCGUGAAGGUGUGGCAGUAGAGAAGAUGAUCACUACUGAUGACAAUAGUGGGCCAGCAUCAAAGCCUAUUUUGACAAUGGCAUGUGGCCGUCUCCUGUACCUUUCAAGACGAAACAUGACAGAAGUGGAGGCAUGGGACCUACAGCGGGAGCGUCGCAAGAUGAUCAUGGACCUCAGUGAUGUUUUCAAGUUACAGAAAAAAGAAAGCCGCAUUACUUCCAUGGCACUGCAUGAAAAUAAAGUCUUGUGGGUGGGAACUGGUGGGGGUCAUGUGGCCAUGAUUGACACAACAGCUUGGACGGCCCUGACCAUCACUGACCGUCAUACAGCCUCCAUUCGCAGUCUUCUCUCAGUCAGAUUGACAGGCCCAGGGAAAUAUGGUUCUUCCAGUACAAGUAUUAUACUGAGUGGAGGCCUUGGUUUUAAGACAGGGCCAGAUGUAGAAUUGGAAAGAGAGAAUCAAUAUGGUUGUGUUGCUGUCUGGGAAGCUGACUAUCCACAAGUGUUAAAGACACUGGCAGACAACUCCAAUAAGAGGAGGCAGCUACUGGAAAAAUUGCAAAGUCAGAAUUAGAAUGGAACAAAGGAAUGUAAAAUACUCCUGGGGGCAUUGAUAGUUCAUACCCUGUUAAUGUUGUAUUCUUGCUAUGGAGACAUUCUGUGCAUGCUGUAGAAGAAAGUGAAUUGGUAUAUAUGAAAUGAUGUGGAUUGGUAUAUAUGAAAUGAUCUCUUAAAACAGUGCUGCAAGAAGAGAACUUUCUAAUGGAAAGCUAAGAAUUCUCGCAAGAACCAAUAGCUGUAAAUAAUGCUUUCUUCCUACUUUCUCUGUCUCGCUCUCACUCAUACACAUACAUGAAUACUAAGAGUGGGCAGUGCAGAAGGAAGAAUGAGAAUGAACAAGUGUGGUUACACAUUCACAUACAUGUGUGUGCAUGAUCAACUAAGGAAAGGAGAGAAAUUUGUCAGUUAUUUGUCAUGAACUGUUCAAAAUCCAGAGAAUGUCAUGCCAUAGUGUUCUUAAACUAUUUUGAAGGCUGUGAUUUCCAAAGCAUAAAUGGUAAGAUAUUUCUUGAAUGAUGUGUUUUGUUUGAACAUGGAAAAGACAAUGAAAGACUUGGAUGCAAGAGAGUACGACAGUAAGAAUGUUAAGUAGAUGAAUAUUGUGCUUGUGCAUUAUGCCAGUAUUUAUGUUUUAGUUUCUACUUCUCAUUAAGCAUAAAAAAAAAUGUAUACAUAUAGGUCAUGUGUCUUCAUCUUUGUUCAUUGGGCACCAUGAUCAUGUUUUUAUAACAAAUUGUUUUACAAAUUUGUAAAUUGUUGUGUUGCAAUAAUUUAAAUUGUACAAGAGACUGCUGUAUAGUGAACAGUUCAUGUUAAGGCAUAAAAAAAUGUUUAAUGACAUUGUGACCAUAUUUUAAAUAUUUUAAUGCAUUUUGUCUGUGUGUACCUUGACUAUCUUUAAAGUAUUUUAUUUGAGUUGUUUUCUUUAUGACUAAUUUAUGUUCAUUCAUCCCAUUAGAUAUUAGAGUGAUUAUUGGGUCUCCUCAUAAUUAUUUAUUUUAACUAUUUUUAGAGUAGGGGCCAAAUGCUACACAUCGAAGAACCUGUAUCUUAUAUUUUCUUGGGUAUUCAGAAUAGACAUCGGUGAAAUGAAUUUUAAUUUCUGCAUUUACCUUUGUUUUUUUUAAUUACAUAUUAACUGAUGUGAUGUAUUUACAGCUUGAUAAAAUCUAUAUCUUUUAUGAAUGUGAAAAAAUGUGAGGUAUCUUAUUUUGUGGUUAUAAAGAAAAUAUUGUCUAAGUGAUACAAGAUGUUGUGUUUUCUUGCCCUGGAGCCUUUGGCCAUGGUCUUACAUGCAGUACUUCCUCUAUGAGGGAUAUCAAAUGAAUUGCUAAUGUUGUUGUGGCCUAUUUGCUCAAGAGAACAGUUAAUGCCAUAUGAUGCCAACAACUCAUUGUUAUAUUUCUGAGCUUUGUGGGUUUUUUCCUUGUUUGACAUUAUAUAAAGAUGUGGUUAUAAA